AGUUUUUGUUGCCAUAAGGAAUCAAUGAUGACAGACAACGACCAAGCCAAGAAAGGUUCUGGGGGAGCAAGGGGAGACAAGGUUGUCCUCAACACAACAGAUCUGGACUCACCUUAUUAUCUUCAUCCCAGUGAUGAUCCUAGCAAGGUUCUAGUCGCAUCUCCUUUAACAGGAGAAAACUUCCAUACGUGGAGGAGAGCGAUGCAAAAUGCUCUAUAUGCAAAGAACAAAAUGGGGUUCAUUGAUGGAACUCUUAAAACGCCAAGUGCAGAUUGUUCAGAGUUUCUGGGUUAUGCUGAGAGUGCAACAGAGGUCUGGGAAGAUUUGAAGGAAUGUUUCUCACAAGGAAACACAUCCCGGAUAUAUGAACUAAAGCUCGAGCUCGCAACAACCACUCAACAAACAAGAUUUGUAGCAGCUUAUCUCACAAAAUUGAAACCUAUUUGGGAUGAGUUGCAGGCUCAUGAACUUGUGCCAACAUGUACUUGUGGUGCAACAAAGGAGUUUACAAAGGCACGAGAGACUGAGAAGGUUCAUCAAUUUCUCAUGGGCUUGAAUGAGAAUUUUUCUACCAUGCGCUCACAAAUCUUGAACAUGGAACCAUUACCAUCUCUCAACAAGGUUUACUCAAUGGCCACAAAAGAAGAAAAACAGCAAAUGGUGUCUACAUCUAGAAGUCCAGCUAUAGGGGCAACGGCUUUAGCAGCAAAGACAAGUUAUAACAGAAAGGUGAGCACAUCAGGGAAACCACGCUAUGAUAACUACAAAAGGAUAGGCCACACAAAGGAAAGAUGCUAUGAAAUAAUAGGCUAUCCAGUGAGUUGGAAACCAGGACAAACAAAGAUGAGGGGACUUACCAAGGCACAAUAUGAUCAUCUCCUCAUGCUUCUUGGUGGUAAUUCUGAUCUUAAACAAUCUAUCAACCUUGCUGGACCUAGCCUCGAGGAGGUUGAUUGGAAUGGAUAUGCCACUCCAUCUAAUAUUGGUGCACAUUAUUUUUUGACCAUUGUGGAUUGAUUAUUGAUUUCCUCAUUCUGCUCCAUGAUACUCUCCAAUACACCUCAACAUGAGGUUCAAUAGUAAUUGAGGUGAUCUGCUUGACCACAUCAGGAGGGCUAAAUAAGUCAAUCACUCGCUUGUGGACAUGGACAAAUAUAUCCCAUGUAUUGGU